CUUUCGGUCGGGGAAAACGGCGCGCGGUAGUGCUGUACGAGCGUUGCGGCCGGAAGAACGUGGCGCGGUCGUCGUCGUGUCGGUCGCAUCUCGUACGGUGUAUGCGCGCGGCACGGUCGCCAGUGCCAGCCAACGUUGUGUGGCCGCGUGCCCUGUGCGGUGGCCGUGUGGAGUGCGAGAGCCGUAGCCCGUCGGCGCGUUGCUUCGGUCGUCGUGACCGGGAUUCUCGUCGUUUAACCGGACGGGAGAGGACAACGAAAGCGGUGGUCCUGCGAGAUAACAAGUGGUACGCAGCGGUACAGGUAGAUAAUAGAUAGAUAUAUAAAUAGAUAUAUAUAGAGAGAGAGAGGGAUAGAGAAUAAUUCAAGUGCGCGGGCGCGCGUGAACCGAAGUUGACGCGGACGGUCGCAUCGUGACGUAGACGGGCCAGCGGACGCGAACGCGAACACGGGAAGGCCGGCCCCGAGGCGGGCUCUAUCGGCACGCGUAUGGGCUGCGACCUGGGCAAGUUGGCCAGCUCGGCCGCGUCCGGCGACGAACGCGGCGGCAAGCACAAGAAUCGGCUGGAGGAGCCGCCUAGUCCCGGGCCCCCGGACCCCCGGCUGCCGCUCACGGCCAAGCAGAAGUACAGCAUGAUCGCGUCGUGGAAAGGCAUUUCCAGAGCGAUGGAACCCACUGGCGUGUACAUGUUCAUCAAGCUAUUCGAAGAGCACCAAGAACUCCUGCAGCUGUUCACGAAGUUCGGCGAGUUGAAGACCAGAGACGCGCAGGCCAACAGCAUGGAGCUAGCCGAACAUGCCAACAAAGUGAUGACCACGCUGGACGAGGGCAUUAAAGAACUGGACGACCUGGACAACUUCUUCCAGUACCUGACCCAAGUGGGCGCCACGCACAAGACCAUACCGGGCUUCGAUCCGGAAUAUUUUUGGAAAAUUGAAGUGCCAUUUUUGGAAGCAGUAAAAACUACUUUAGGUGAUCGAUUUACAGACAACAUCGAAACGAUUUAUAAAAUCACCAUUAAACUCAUCAUACAGACAUUGAUCAAAGGAUUUAAGGAAGCCACCGGACCGUAGAAAAAAAAACUAUAGGAGUUUAAUGAAAUCUUAUAUUUCAUAUCAAUAAAAUGUUCAAUUGAUCGAACAUAUUAUUUCCACUGUAUAUUUCUAACACUUAUCAAACAAUAUAUUAUAUAUAAAUAUAUAUGUCCGUAUGUAUGUAUGUAUGUAUGUAUAUAUG